AGCAGCACCCCGGUAGCUGAGGCAGGAGGCCGCAGGAGUGGGAGCCGGUUGGGGGGCUUCGAGAAGCAAACGGCGGUAGCGGCCCGACUUGGUGGUACAAGACCCGAGCGCCGGUACCUGCGAAGCGCGGGGUGACGGCGAACGCACCAGCUGAGCCCCCAGUAGCUGCAGCCCCUGCGCCCGUUUGCUUUGGGGUGGUCCUCAUCCGCCGCCCUCCUGGACCUUCUGUCCAGGGCGUCCGUCCUGACGUUAGUACUCGGAAUAACAUACUUGGCAAAAGGAGUCCCGGUUUGAACACACGGCCCGAGUCUCCCAGAACCCACCAGGAGGAGCCUGACCAUUCUGCCUCUUGUGGCCACAAUGCUGACCACUCGCCUCUCCAGACCCCUGUCACAGCUCCCAAGGAAAACCCUGAGUUUCUCUGAUAGAGGGAAUGGAACCAGACACUCACCGCCGUUUUACUUGGCCUCCUUUGUCGCUGUGGGCCGUCGGACUUAUGCCAAUUCAGUGAACCCGGUUGGCAGCAAAGCUGUCCUGGUCACAGGCUGUGACUCUGGAUUUGGGUUCUCCUUGGCCAAGCAUCUGCACUCAGAAGGCUUCCUUGUGUUUGCUGGCUGCUUGAUGAAGGACAAAGAGGGUGACGGGGUCAAGGAGCUGGACAAUUUGAAGAGUGAUCGAUUAAGAACCGUCCAGCUCAACGUCUGCAAAAGUGAAGAGGUAGACAAAGUGCUGGAGAUCAUCCGCUCGAGCCUGAAGGACCCUGAGAAAGGCUUGUGGGGCCUGGUUAACAAUGCGGGCAUCUCAACAUUCGGGGAGGUGGAGUUCACCAGUAUGGAGACCUACAAGGAGAUGGCCGAAGUGAACCUCUGGGGCACAGUGCGAGUGACAAAAGCCUUUCUCCCCCUCAUCCGAAGGGCCAAAGGCCGUGUCGUCAACAUCAGCAGCGUGAUGGGCCGCAUGGCCAACGUGGCCCGCUCCCCAUACUGCAUCACCAAGUUUGGGGUGGAGGCGUUCUCUGACUGCCUGCGCUAUGAGAUGCACCCACUGGGAGUGAAGGUCAGCGUGGUGGAACCUGGCAACUUCAUCGCUGCCACCAGCCUCUACAGCCUUGAGCGCAUCCGGGCCAUUGCCAAUAAGAUGUGGGAUGAGCUACCUGAGGUGGUGCGCAAGGACUACGGCAAGAAGUACUUUGAUGAGGCAGUUGUGAGGAUGCAGACUUACUGCAACAGCGGCUCCACAGACAUGUCCCCUGUCAUCAAAGCUGUCACCCACGCCCUGACCUCCGCCACCCCCUACACUCGCUACCACCCCAUGGACUACUACUGGUGGGUACGAAUGCAGAUCAUGACCCACUUGCCUGGAGCGAUCUCUGACAGAAUCUACAUACACUGAGGAAUUUCCCACUGGUGUCUGUUGGGGAGCCCUGAGGGGAGGGAAGAGAAAGGAGGGAGGGAGUGAGGGGCUUGUGUCUUCGCCUCUUGAUUACCCAUGUGUGAAUUAUCCCCGUCUCUGGAGAACCCAAUACCAGUUUGAGCAUUAACCAGAGCGGGUAGCCCAGCCCAACUUGUGUGCCCAGGGAGUGGCUCGGACCAUCUCAGUCGUGGUGCAGAGUGGCGGACAGGGCCCCAGACCUCAGGCCAAACAUGGUGCAUCUUUCUGGAGUUGAUUUUAUAUAAAGAUUUUGGGGAGACAUCUUUAUAUUAGCAACAGAUUUAUUAUGAAAUAGAAUCCAAAUCCUUUACAUUUUUAAGCCAAAAUAUCAGUUCAAAAAAGUUCUUUCAUUUGAUCCUUAAAUCAGCCUCAGGAGUAAAAACAGACAGUUUAUUUUUCUUUUUGUACAUGAAGAAUUUUCAGCAUGAAGAGGAUAUGAAUUACCUUUUUAUUGUUUGUAAAUCAAUGUUGUUCUUACUGCUUUGUAUAAAAUCUAAAGGUGCAAGCCAUGUGUUCUUGUCAGUGCCAUAGAAACACUUCACGCUUUGGGUUCCGGGGCUGCUCUGGAGCCAGUUACCUGAGGAUAUUGUGAUGAGCUCUGUGUCCUCGCCCGAGCCACACACACCAUGUGCCCACCGUGCACAUCUUUGCAUGUCCAUGGUGCUGCCAUGUGUAGCCUGCAGCCAGUAAUUCAGAGCUGUGUCGAGGGGGUAGUGACAUUCUGGAGAUUUCCAUUUGAGAUUUCUCCAUCCUGUCUUAGGACAUACUUGUGUGGAGGUGCUCAUUGGCUAAGGGGUGGUUUGCUUCUGGUUUGGGUCUGGUUUGAUUUUCCCUGGGGAGGGACCCAGGUUGAUGGGGCUUUCUUGGCAGGAGCCAUGAUACAUAGGACAGGCACUAUGGCAUCUUUUCCCUCAGGGGUGGGUCGAGGUUCCCUGUCUGUCUCACAUGGUGCUUAUACACACACACACACACACACACACACACACACACACACACGUUCCGUGGCGCUCAGGGUGGCCUGCAUUGAUGGCUCACCUUCCUGCUAUGGCCUUAUUUUUAAUUAAGCCAGGUCACUGAUAAGCAGAGUCUGUGUUAUCACUUCUUGGGUUUGGGUUUGAAGGCUGUUAUUCCUGCAAUUGCCCAGAGCCUCCAUGUUUGGACCAAAACUAGGCAACACCCUUCUCCAGGUAGCUGCAGGCCUUUGGACAGAGUCCUGAGUUCCAGCCCUGAAAGUCCAACUAGCACUUCCGCCUCGCCCUGGAAGGGCCAGGCCUGCCACUAGGGGGCGCCCUGCCUCCUUCACAGCAGAGUGGCCUCAGCUCCCACCCAAGCUGGUGAUCUCUAAAGGGUUGAUGAUCCCCGCCUUGGAAGCAGUCUGGGCACAAAGACACAGAAACAAUGUUCCUUUUCUUCUAGUAGCUGCCUGGCUUAAACGUGGAGCCUAGUGCCAGGAGAAGGCAGAACCUGGGCAGCUGGAACCGGCCACAGGGCUUAGGCAGUGCCAAGGAAAAGGGGGUCUGACAACGAGCAAAUUCAGCCUGACUUUUGGAUCUGGGUCCCCUCUGUCAUCAACCAGGGAUGCCCUGCACAGCUCCCUGCCUGCACGGUGAGGCCCAGAGGGCCUGUGUGGAUGAUAGGGUGGGCAGGCAGGCUGAAACCCUUCAGAGCCCAGGGCGGGACGCUUGAUGGCCAUGGUCUUCACAUAACAAUAAGAGCUUUUUGAACCACAUUGCUUUUCAGAAUUUCAUUUUUCUAUCUUGGGAGAUUUUAUUUCCAUACUAAUUUUAUUAAAGGAAAAUGUGUGCAGCA